GCCUCGCCGGGCGUGGAGUUUUUGAAUCCUCCCUUCCCUGCCUCUCUUCUCUUUCCCCCUCCCCUCCUUCCUGCGAUCCGUGAUGUUACAAAGCCCGUGAGCUGUGCUUUCCCCAUUCGCCUCCUGUCACUUCCUUCCUGGACGCUCUCAGGACGAGUCCGCUUACUUUUAAUCCGACCAGCAGCACGGGCACUUGCGCCUGCUGCACGCUUAGGGACACACACCGCCACCGCCGCCGCUGCCACCAGCGCCACCACAGAGAUCCUGGUGGUUCAUUGGAUUGAUUUUCAAGGUUGUGUGUGUAUGCGCGCGCGGUCGUGCGCGCGCGCGCCCGUGUGCAUGUGUGGUUAAACGAGGCUGCGUGUUGGACCAGGUGGGGAACAUCUUACAAGACUGGAAGAAUUAAAAGCUUUUUCCCCCGUUCCUUCUCCUCCUCUUCCUCCUCCUCCUUCUCCUCCUCCUCCCCCCUACUCUGUUCAAACACUUCUCUUUCUCUCUCUUGUUUCUCAAGAAGAGGAAAAAAGAUCUCUCAAGGACUCGCCUGAUCAUCCAAACGUUUGCGAUGAACGGAUGCAGGGGUCUGUGAAUUGAAUUGUGUAAGUGCUGAAGAAGGAGUCUUGGUUUGAGGAAACAGGAAAGAGGAAGGAAAGAGAAGAAGAAAAUACAGAAGUGUCGGAACGAACGAAAGAAGAAAAACGGGGACUAUGGGGAGAAAAAAGAUUCAGAUCACGAGGAUAAUGGAUGAACGUAACAGGCAGGUGACUUUUACGAAGAGGAAAUUUGGGUUAAUGAAGAAGGCUUAUGAAUUGAGUGUUCUAUGCGACUGUGAAAUUGCUCUCAUAAUCUUCAACAGCACCAAUAAACUUUUCCAGUAUGCCAGCACUGAUAUGGACAAGGUGUUGCUGAAGUAUACAGAAUACAAUGAGCCGCAUGAGAGUCGAACGAAUUCAGAUAUUGUUGAGACGUUGAGAAAGAAAGGACUUAAUGGCUGUGACAGUCCAGAUCCCGAUGCAGAUGAUUCAGCAUUGAACAAGAAAGAAAACAAAGGCUGUGAAAGCCCUGAUCCAGACUCCUCUUAUGCCCUCACCCCACGCACUGAAGAAAAAUAUAAAAAAAUUAAUGAAGAGUUUGAUAAUAUGAUCAAGAGCCAUAAAAUUCCUGCUGUUCCACCACCUAACUUUGAGAUGCCAGUUUCUAUCCCAGUGUCCAACCACAACAGCUUGGUAUACAGCAACCCAGUUAGCUCAUUGGGUAACCCCAACCUUUUGCCUCUGGCCCACCCUUCCUUACAGCGGAAUAGCAUGUCUCCUGGGGUGACACAUAGACCACCAAGUGCAGGUAACACAGGUGGCCUGAUGGGUGGGGACCUCACAACCGGUGCAGGCACCAGUGCAGGGAAUGGGUAUGGCAACCCGCGAAACUCCCCAGGUCUGCUGGUCUCACCUGGCAACUUGAACAAGAAUAUGCAAGCAAAGUCUCCUCCACCCAUGAAUUUGGGAUUGAAUAAUCGUAAACCAGACCUCCGAGUGCUGAUCCCUCCAGGAAGCAAGAACACAAUGCCAUCUGUGAAUCAAAGGAUAAAUAACUCUCAGUCUGCUCAGUCAUUGGCUACUCCGGUGGUUUCCGUGGCAACUCCUACUUUACCAGGGCAAGGGAUGGGCGGAUACCCAUCAGCCAUUUCAACAACAUAUGGUACCGAGUAUUCGCUAAGUAGUGCAGAUUUGUCAUCAUUGUCUGGCUUUAACACAGCCAGUGCUCUCCACUUGGGGUCAGUAACUGGCUGGCAGCAGCAACAUCUACACAACAUGCCACCAUCUGCCCUCAGCCAAUUGGGAGCUUGCACUAGCACUCAUUUAUCUCAGAAUACAAAUCUCUCCCUGCCUUCUACUCAAAGCCUCAACAUCAAGUCCGAACCUGUUUCUCCUCCUAGAGACCGUACCACCACGCCAUCGAGAUAUCCACAGCACACGCGCCACGAGGCGGGAAGAUCUCCUGUUGACAGCUUGAGCAGCUGUAGUAGUUCCUACGAUGGAAGCGACAGGGAAGAUCACCGAAAUGAAUUCCACUCUCCCAUUGGACUCACCAGACCUUCGCCGGACGAAAGGGAAAGUCCCUCCGUGAAGCGCAUGCGGCUCUCUGAAGGAUGGGCAACAUGAUAACUUUACUAGCUAUUAGAGGUUUUUUUUUUCCCUUGCAGUGCGUGUGUGUGCUAUACCUUAAGGGGAAAGAGGGAGGGGGGUCAAUAUGCAUUAUAUGUGCUGUGUGUGGGGAGGGGGGGAAAGUCAGGUACUCUGUUUUGUAAAAGUACUUUUAAAUUGCCUCAGUGAUACCAUAUUAAAAGAUAAACAGCAAUGCUGAAGAGAUGCUUCGCACUUGAGUUGUACAACAGAUCACUUGUACAAAAUAGGUUUUAAGGUUAACUUCUUUUUACUGUUGUGCUCCCUUGCAAAAUGUAUGUUACAAUAGAUAGUGUCAUGUUGCAGGUUCAACGUUAUUUACAUGUAAAUAGCCAAAAACUGGGGGGAAAAGAGAAGGCAUUUGCCCAAUCCUGGGCAAAUCUUUACUGAGAGAGAAAGUGGCUGUUAUGCAACAAAUAGAACUUGUACAGAUGUUUUGGGAGACCCAGAAAUCGGGUGAUUAGGGAAAAAAAGAAAAGAAGGAAAAUUUUAGCUCACUUAGUACAGGGGUCUCCAACCUUGGCAAGUUUAAGGCUUGUUUAAGGCUUUGCUGGCUGAGGAACUCUGGGAGUUGAAGUCCACAAGUCUUAAACUUGCCAAGGUUGGAGACCCCUGACUUAGUGUAUCUGAAAAUGCUCACAAAUGUGUUGGCAUAUUGUAUGAGUAUGGCACUCAGUUAAACGGAUCAAAAUCAUUUAAAAGAGGACCAUACUUGUGGGAAAAAAAUGUUUUGGGGUUCUUCUUUUUUUUAGUGUGAGGGCUAACCUAUUUAAUUUUUUUAAAAUUCUGGGUCUGGAACACUUAUUAAAUAAAAAUAUUAAAAAAUAUGUAAAUUACAUUUUCCUUAUUUUCAUAUUAAAAAGUAAGACAGAGUUUGCAAAGCAUUGUGGCUUUUUGUAGUUUACAUAAGCCAAAAUGUGUUCUCCCCCUUCAUAGCUUUGCCAAUAUUUUAAACAGCCCUGAAGGAAACAAAGGGGGAUUUUUUGUAUAGAAAGCACUACCCUAAGCCAUGAAGAACUCCAUGCUUUGCUAACCAAGGUAAUUGUUUUCUCUUUGCAGAAAUUUUGUUUUUGAAAUGUGUAUUUCUAAUUAUAUAAAAUAUUAAGAAUCUUUUAAAAAUCUGUGAAAUUAACAUGCUUGUGUAUAGCUUUCUAAUAUAUAUAAUAAUUAUGGUAAUAGCAGAAGUUUUUGUUAUCUUAAUAGUGGGGGAAUUAUAUUUGUGCAGUUGCACAUUUAAGUAACUAUUUUUUUCCUUUUAGUUUUUCUUCUAAUCAGAAUACAUUUUACAGAAUCAGUCAGCUGUUGAAGGCUAAUCUGCAAGCGAUUAGGAUUUUCCGUUCCUAAAGCAGCCCAUAUCAUUCUAAUACAACGGUAGUCAGUUUUGCAUCUUGGGUAGUUUCAUCAUAUAUUUGAAAUGUUCUUCUUACCUUAUUUAUGUUUUGCGUAUCUUGAGGCUUUCUGCCCCUUAGAUCACAAUGUGGCUCAACUUUGUCUUGUUUCUAUACAUUUGAUAAAACUAGCAAUUGUUUGGCUGUAAGAGGCAAUUGAGAAAGCUUUCACAAUCCCAAACAAAAUGGAAACCUGGGGUAGCACUAAAUUGAACAUAAUCUUUAAAUCCAUAACAAUUACCCCAAAUUUGGUAUCCUGACUGCAUAUAUUAUGCCCAGCAUUCAGUAGGUUAUCUCAGAACUACAGGUAGAUUCAGGUUCAAAUGUGAUCAAGGAAAACUGUGGCCUAGAUAGUCCUUCCAACUCUGUAAUUCUUUACUUUUUGUACUCUUUCAUACAGAGUAAUUGAGGACAGGAAUAGCAGCAAAAGGUCACCAUUCUAACUUCAAUCUGGCUAUAAAUGUUGAGUUGUUUAUGUCCAAUAAUGAAUUUAUACAUGCAUUACAUUACUUAUAAUACCGUCAUGUACAGGUAUACUGCAAAAUAAAUCCAAUAAGGUCAAAGGGAUUUGUUUCCAGAUGACUGAAUAUAGGUUUACUCAGUAUUUUGCUAUGCAACACUUGAUGACUUAUGGCUGAAUGUAUGGACCACUGAAAGUGUUGAGCUUAUUUUGACAUCUGUAUUUAGUUGGUUAAAAUGUGAAGCAUGUGCAUCAUGUUGAGUAACUAGAGCUGAAUUCCGCAGUUCCAUUCAAAUGUAGUGGCUGCUGUAUUUUCUUUGAGCAAUCAGCCCUGCUAUAAAAAUUUACUAUUAUAAUUUUUUAACUUAAAUGGUUUGGUCACCACAGAACAACAUCCAUUCUGUUCUACUUUCCUCUUAUUGGAGAAAGCUAACAUUACCUGUAAUUCCUAUCCAUAUUUUUAAUUAAGAAUAAUAUCAGAAUAAAAUUAUGCCUGAACAGGGUAUCUAAUUUAUCUUUGACAUUAGCACAUAUUAUUUAUAAUUUAGCAGGCAUAAAAAUGCAUGAAAGCUAUGUCAUUUGCUUUAAAUACUUCCUUCCUUCACACAUACUGAGAUUGAUUCUUGAAAGGAAAGGAUUUUUUUCCCCAUACUAAAUAAUGUGUGAAAGGUAUAUCUGGAUUCCCAGUGCUGAAGGACAGGGAUUUCCAACCUUGGUCUCUUUAAGACUUGUGGACUUCAACUCCCAGAAUUCCUCAGCCAGCAAAGCUUUGCUGGCUGAGGAACUCUGGGAGUUAAAGUCCACAAGUCUUAAAGAGACCAAUGUUGGAGACCCCUGCUUUAGGAGAAUCCCUUUGUAUAUGACUUAGUUUAUUUUAUUCUUUAUAAUUGUUUAUAUUUCUUGGAGCGUUAAGAUCUGUCAUGCAAAUUAGGUUUUGGUGGUCCACCCUGCUGAACUGAGCGAGCGACUGAGUAAACACUACAAGUGAUGUAGCUUAUUUUCUUUCUUAGGACAGGAGGGCAGGGUAGAAAUGUAGGAUGGAAGAAAUAUGAGUAAUUUCUAGUAUGUUAGAGUCAAAGCACAUCUUAUGAUGCAGUUCUUUGAACUGCUCAUUUUGAUACAGUAUUAAUAUAAAGCAGAGUGAAAAGUCUGAAGGGCUAUUCACUCUUUACUACAGGGGUUUCCAACCUUAGCAACUUUAAGACUUGUGAACUUCAACUUCCAGAGUUGAAGUCUGCGAGUUGAAGUCCACAGGUCUUAAAGUUGCCAAGGUUGGAGACCCCUGUUUUACUACUUAAUCCCAGUUGCUGAUUAAUCUGUGAUACCUUUCCAGAGUCAUGGACAAGCAUUAGCAAACAAACUGACUUUGGCAAAUGUUAAUGGAGGCAUAGAUGUCUACACCUGAAAACAAGUUGCGAAAACUCUGUUUGAUUAAUGAUACCAACCAAAUAUAGAUGUAAGGCUUUGUUCACUUUUAACAAAAUCAGUAAUAAUGAUACCACAUUAUCUAUACCACAACUGUAGUAUCAUAGUUUAUGAUUUUCAUGCUAGCCCAGAAAGUCUUGGGAGUAUGCUGAAGCCAUAUCAUUUGCAUGUAUGUUCUAGAACAGGGGUCUCCAACCUUAGCAACUUUAAGACUUGUGGACUCCAAAUCCCAGAAUUCCUCAGCCAACUUUGCUGAAGUUGAAGUCCAUAAGUCUUAAAGUUGACAAAGGUGGAGAUCCCUGUUCUAGAUAACAGAAAAACUGCUUUGAUAAUGCAUUAAUCCCAUCAAUGAUACAAUGAUACACGUACAUUAAAGGAAGUGAGAAUGGGGCCAAUGUUUGAUUUUUCUAUCUUCAAUCAGGGUUCCAAAUGAUUUUCUUCACUUUAACAUUUACCACCACUUGAGAACAUUCAUCUUCAACAGGAAUUAAAUAUGCAAUAUGUAUGUGGCCAUAAAAAAGGAAAAAGAAAGAAAUAAUAUUUGGCUUACCAGUAUGGUUGUAAGUCAUUUGUCAAUGUGGGUGGGUGAGAGUGACAGCCAUGCGCAUAUACACAUAAAAUUACUCUUGAGCCUAUAGAAUUGAGGGGUUCUGUGCAUGUGAACCAAUGGAAAUAAGCUCCUCCCACUCAGCCAGGCAAUUGAAUUGAAUGGUUCAAGAAUGGAUAUUAGUAUUUCUUCCUUUUUCCACUAUUGAGCUAAAUUAAAAUAUAGCGGCACAAAUCCUAGGGUUAACUGAACCUUGUAAAUGGAUUUAAUUAAUAAAGAAGCACAAUGUUUAAUGGUGAUGUUACUUUCUAAAAGCUUUAGCAGUCAAUCCUUAACUGUUCUUUUUAUCUAUACCUUAACAAUUUUUGGUAAAACUACAAUGGAGGGACAUGGUAUGAUUCUUUUGUAUUUAAGCAGUUUUGGGGCAGUGCCUCAUAAAAGGAUUGAGACUUUCUUCAACCUGAGCAGAACAAAAUCAAAGGCAACAUGCAAUAGUCAAAAGAAUUUCUUCUCCCCUUAAGCUGAUCUUUAUUUUGGAAAUAGCUUAUUAAUGAAGGGAUGAAGCCUGUUUUCUGAUGACAGUAUAUGAUAUACACCACCCUUUCCAAAUCUAGUGCCUUUUUAAUAUAGUGUCACAGUAAAAUUCCUACCCGAAAAGGAAAUAGGCAUUGGCCAUAUCUUAGCUGGUCAAAAUGAAAAUUUUAAUCCAUAUAUGAAGAACACUAGGUUGGGGAAAGCUAAUAGAGCACACAUUUAUAUAUUGUAUGCAUUGAUGCCUUUCUCAGAAAAGGAGAUUUUAAAAAUCACUUUAGUGCUUUAUCAACAGGUGUUAUUUUUCUCCUCCUACUCCUCCUCCUCCUCCUCCUCCUCCUUCUUUUGGUAACCAAAUGAUUUCUAUUUUUUCCAGGAGUGGAAUUUAACAUUUUUAAUAAUACAGUGAUAUUUGCUGUUUCUCAGAGGGUUUUUUUCCCCAAACAAAUCUAAAAUGCAAGAAUAAAACAACUGCUAUGCUGUUUUCAAAAAUGUCAAGAACCCCUUUUUGUAUUGUUUGACUUUGUCUUAGCUUUUAUCCAUCUUCCUCAUAGAUGCAACAGUGUGGUUUGGUUUGAUUUGGUUUUCUUUCUUUCCUGCUGCCUCUAGAAGGCAAAUACUUUGCCUUUAUGUCCCAAAAAGCCACUUGAAACCUCAAUAAAUGCUAUUGCCUAAACCCAG